UGAUUUCUCAUUUUACGAGAGGAAUUAGGUUGGACGUCAUCGAAAAACCGAGGGCUUGGCGGCUUGCUGGGGGCCUUUGGAUGCAGGCGUGUAUCCGGUGACCGAGAGUGUUACCGGAGAAGAAGCAAUCGUAGCCAGCGGUGUUAGCGUUGCUGGAGACAAGGGAGAAAAAAAAAAAAAUCUGUCUAUAGGGCUUUAUUUGUGCGAGAACGACAAGGGAAAGUCGGGGGUGAGGUAGUUCGGUGCAUCAACGUCACUGUCGGCUGACACUUGACGAGGAACAGGGAAUCGACGCCGGGGGUGACAGUGGCGAGAGAGGCUAUUGAAAACUGGCGGGUUCGAGUGCGUUGGAGGCCGAAAUUUUCUCAUACAAGGGCUAUCCAAAGUUGACGCUUUAGAGUUUUGGAAGAAAUUUUACUUGCAAACUUCUUGUCAUGGAUCCUAUUGGUUAUGUGGAUGAUAAAAGUGAAAGCAGACUGUAUAUUGGUAACCUCGAUCUUAGAAUAACAGAAGCAGCUCUUAUAAAAAUGUUUUCUCCUUAUGGGAAGAUUAUAUCUGAGGAUUUCUUGUGGCACACUCGUGGCCCUAAGCGUGGAGAGCCACGCGGCUUUGCUUUUAUUCAGUAUAGCUCAAAAGAGGAAGCAGAAAUGGCCAAGGAGAAAAUGCACGGCAAAUUAGCUUGUGGCCGGCCACUGGUUGUUCGGCUUGCUAGUGAGAAGAGCCAGUUAGAAACGGCCAAUAACUCUUCAAAAGCCAUGGGAGAAGGGCACAAGAUACACUUUACAGGUAAUGGCGUAGGACAGACAAGUCGUAGUGCAAAAAUAGCUGCAAUAAAGAACAAGUUGAAAUCAAUAGAGGAGGAGAGCUCUAGGCCCAAGAAACAGAAGCAAACUGAUGAUGUGUCUUGAAGCAGUUGUAAACCUUGUAAUUUAUUAAGCCAGUGAUAAGAUUAAGGGACUUGAAAAAUAUCAAUGGGCUGAAUGCCUGAAUCUGUUUAUGAUUGACUCUUGUUAAGCCACCGAUAUAUGUGAUGUGACCCGGCUUUUUCUU